AUGUCCUGGCAGCAAAGCCAGCAGCAGUGCCAGCCCCCUCCCAAGUGUCCCACCCCCAAGCUUCCUCCUCCCAAAUGUCCCCCCAAGUGCCCACCUCCACGUCCUCCCCCACAGUGCCAGCCUCCUCCCAAGUGUGCCCCCAAGUGCCCCACCCCUAAGUGCCCCCCAAAGUGCCCCCCAGUCUCCUCCUGCUGCGGUGUCAGCUCCGGGAGCUGCUGCGGCUCCAGCUCCGGGGGCUGCUGCAGCUCUGGCUCCGGGGGCUGCUGCAGCUCUGGGUGUGGGGGCUGCUGCCUGAGCCACCACAGGCGCCGCAGGUCCCACCACCGCAGACCCCAGAGGUCUGACUGCUGCAGCCAGCCCUCGGGGGGCUCCGGGUGCUGUGGAGGGGCAAGCGGUCAGUCCUCUGGAGGCGGCUGCUGCUGA